UAGACUUUUGUCAAUCGAAGUGUCACAAAUAGCAAUUCACUAACAGUGGUCUUAUCGUCCAAAGUCCUCAGCUCCAUUUCCUUUACAUUAGCGCUGGCAGUCGAACUUUCAAUAGCAACAUGAUCAUUCUUUGAAAUCGCGCAGUCGUUGCACACGACUCCAGUCACAUUUGGGGAGCUUGGAAAUGUCUUAGAGGUGAAGGUUCUAUGUCCUUGGUCGGAACUGAACGCCUCUGAAAAGUGCUGUUCUGAUACUUGA